AUGCAGGUCACACGUGAAGGUGUUCUUCUGGGAAUGUUACUUGCGUCCAUCUCUGUGCCCGGGAACGGCAUCUCGGCAAGUGAAGAAACCUGGCAGGGGAAACCUGAGGUUUCAGCCUUAAGAGAAUCUGAAACCCAGGAAACUGUGGGGUUUGCCAGAGCCUCGGAUUUAAGAUCGAGGCUGAAGUUCACUGCAAAUGAUCCAGAAAUUGACCUCCAAGGGCCAAGUCUUCAUCAACGCUUGGCUGAAGAAGAGGAGAAGUCCCGGAGCUUGUGGCCCAGAUUGAACUUCCAGGCUUGGUCCAACGGCAACCCGGAGGAACCGGUGUGUAGGGUGAAACUGGACAGGUCGGGGGACCGGGCGCCUAACCACCUAGAGGUGGUGGGUCUCCUCACCAGCCACGAGAGCAGCUUCCUGAAGGCGCUGAGCAGAUCCACCUGGAGCAAUGGAGACCUGGAAGAGUUCGGACUGUGCCCUCCUGACGUCCCCCACUCCCUCCUUUCGUCUCUCCAGCGGGUUGGCAGCUAUCUGUCGGACCCAGGGGACAACCGCUUUCUCCUCCUACAUCUGGAGGAAGUUCAGUGGAAGGCUGAAACAAUGCUAAGGUUUCAGUUGAGUUUUCCGGAGGGCCUGGAACCUCCCGUCGGCCCGCUGCAGCUUGCCUUUCUUGUCUUUUACCACGGGAGAAAGGAAGGGGCAACCGCUAGCCCCAGGGAGAAGUUUCUCGUGGGAGGGGAAGGCCUCCAUCAAAAGCAGCUUAUCUGCCUCUCCAGGGUAACACGGUUCCUCAUCCUCAAGGGCUCACUGAUGUCAGGCAGAAGUAUCCCUGGCCAGCUGAGCUUUCAAGUUUCCUUGGCCGUCAAGCGUCAUAGCAACAAGGAUGUGGCCCUUUCCCCUCAAGAGGCACAAGAUUUACUUUUCGGCUUUGAUGAAAAAUGCUUCACCCGCAUGACCCCGUCUGUGCUUCUGGUGGCCAAACAGAGGCCUGACGGGGCAGCUGCUUCCUUCCUGGCCGCCAAAGGUGUGCUGGACACAGCCCCAUAUCUAAAGCCCAGCUCACCAGCCUUUGGCAUCGCUGAACCACCCCCUGCCAACGCCACGGCCGGCCACGGGAAUAUCUCGGCACCCGCACCUCCCCUCAGCACCGGGCAGUUCUUAGAGGCCCUCUCCCGGUUUGUCAAUCAGGUGCUAUGGCCCUUUGGGAAGCCACCUCCCACCGCCAGGCCACGGCUCCAGCUGGACUUCGACAUGGUGGAGGCCCUCCCGCACUGGUCCCUCAACCUGUCGGAGGAGGUCGCCCUGGAGUGGCUGGUCCAGUCCGAGGACCACCUGAUGGUGCUGUUCCCCGAGGACAGCCGGGCCUUGAUGGAGCAAGACCUGGGCCAGCGGUACCUGGAGGGCAGGUUGCUACGGCAACUGCUGGAGAAGCUGAGCGCCGUCGUCCAGGAACUGCAGGGCGUCCCGUCCUUCCAAGCCAACGCCGGCCUCUUCCGCAACCUCCUCACCUCCUGCUAUUACCCAGGGAUGGCCGGUGGCGACUCCAGGGCGACGGACCAGCAGGAGGGAGCAAGCCGCCUGAGAAAACUCCACAGCCUCUUGCUGCUGAAGGCCCUGCAGGCCGUGCGGGGUCAUUGGCGGGAGUCGAAGAAGGCGUCCCGGGCCAAUCGCAGCGCCCAGCCGCAGGAAAACUACUGCAGGCUGCGGGAGCUCAGGAUCGACCUGGUCUCCACGGACUACAUCAUCUUCCCCGAGUGGUACCACGCCAACAACUGCGUGGGGCCUUGCCGGAGUCCGCUGUCCACCCGUACCCCCGACUACUACACCCACACGCUCUUUCUGCUGCGCAUGCACGAGCAGGGCCGGCAACUGCAGCGCGCCCCUUGCUGCGUCCCUGUGCAAUACUCCCAAAGCGUCAUUGUAACCUUUACCAACGACAAAGGGCUGAAAGUUAAGAGGUACCCCGACAUGGUGGCCGAGGCAUGUGGCUGUCGGUAA